CAAUAAUAAUUAUAUUUGCAGUUAUACUAAAAAUGGAAGAAGUAAUUAAAAAUAGAAGCACUAAGUUUACGCCUGAUGAAAUUUCUACUUUAAUAGAAAUUGUAAAAAAAUAUGUAGACAUUAUCGAAUCCAAGGAAACUAAUAGUACUACAUGGCGAGAAAAAGAUAAUUGUUGGGCUAAAAUAACAGAGGAAUUAAAUUCUCGCUGUGGAGUAAAUUAUCGAAAGACAAAAACCGUGAGGAUAAAAUAUGAAAAUAUGAAAAAGAAUUUAAAGAAAAAAUUAUCAAAAAACAACAUAGAAAUAUUUAAAACUGGUGGACCUGCAAGAAUACAGCCUUUUACUUCUGGGGAAGAAAUUCUUCUAUCUUUUUUACCUUUAUCCACAGAAACAAAAGAAUUGUUUUGUGCUUCUGAUUGUGUCGGAACAUUCGAUGAACAAAAGAGCUGCAAAAUCUCUUCAAUGGGGACAAUUGUAGAAGACGAUAUAAAUGAAAGUUCAGAUAUUGAUAAAUCUGAGUGGGAGAUAAAACAUGAAACACUUGAUUUAGAUAAUGAUGAAGUUAAUGAUGAAGCAGAAGAUAUACUCGAUUCAAAAGAUCUGGAAAACUGCGCUUCGAGAAUAAUCUCUAAUUCAACAGAAAAUGUACUAAAAUCGGUUGCAAACAAUGAUAUUGUCACAUCAGUAAACGCAAAAGAAGAAUUAGUGCAAUUACAAAAAACGGCGUUAGAAAUAGAUAUACGAAUAAAAGAAGAAAAUAACAAUACGCAAAAAGAGAUUUUACGAACAGAACUAGAAAUACGUAAAGGAAAAUUAAAGCUCAUAAAUUUAGAUAUACAACUUAAAGAAUUAGAAGUGGAGAUAAAAAAACUGCAACUUAAGGCUAUCCGAGCAGAAAUUUUUGAUAGGCGCUGCUAGGGACCUACUAAGCAUGCUCUGACGCCUGAUCAGGAGCUCAUUAGCCUUUGUUAGGCCCCGAUACCAUGAACUUAAAAACCAUAAAUUUAACGUCGAGAAUUAAAAGAACAAUCAAAGUAUAACACACAUUACAAAGAUGCUUUGCUGAAAUUUUGAAAAAACGGAUAAAAAAUUAAAUAGAAUAUGUAUGUGUAUUAUGUAAUUGUAAUUAAAAAAUUGUAAUUAUAAAAAGUACUCUCCGAGAUACGAGUACGAGCUGAAAAUGCUUUUUAGAUACUUGCAGCAGAAGAAUAGUAGCAUAACAAGACUAUCGAGCGCCCGUUUGUUAUAUAUUUCAUAUUUGCCUAUGCAUGUAUGUGUAUAUAUGUAUAUAAAUUAUCGAUAAAUAUUAUAUGC